AUGAGCUCCGUGCUGGCAAUCUUCUUGCAGGAACUCCCAGGCCCGGUUCUGGUCCUGGGGAUCUUCCUGCCUGUGACAUUGCUGCUUCUCCUCCUGAUUGCCUACUUCAGGAUCAAACUGAUGGCAGUUGAAGAAGAACUAGCUCAGACUUCUGAUCACCAGAACAAGUUUGGUCCUUCCCCACACAAGAGGAGGAGACAAAGGUGA